AUGAAGUUGUCUCUAGCUCUUUUCGGCCUGGCUUUGGUGAUUUAUGUGUCCCAAGUGAACGCUGCAGACAGCUCCACCUCGACAACGAGCUCUGCCUCAAGCGCAACGGAUGCGGCGACAACCACCACCACCACAGAGGCGACUACAAGCACAACGGAAUCCACGACCUCAUCCUCCUCCUCAUCCUCGGGAGGUGGCGCGAAGAUUGUUCGCGUCACCAAUCUCAAGUACACCGCCAAGAGGAAGAUACGACUCGGAUCUGGCAGCUCUAGCUCAUCCAGCUCGAAGAGUGGCCGCACGAGUGGUCGCAAGGCACGCGUGAAUGCUCGGAAGGGCAACAGCUCGAACCGUAGGAAUCUUCAGGCCAAAAGCAAGAAAGUCCGCGUUGUCCGGGGCUAAGUUAUGAUGGGCAAAAAUCUCUAUUAAACUUUUG